CUGUGUACUUUGCUCUGUUCGACCUUUCAGUAAACACAGUUUGUCCACCUGACAAACUCAGCAAGAGCAGGUAGUGUUUUUCUGAAGCAUUUCUGUCGCAUAAAUCCUUGAAGUCUUGUAAUAUUUUCAAAGCUUUUCACACUGAGGAUGGCAGACCGGUCAGCUGUGAAAUUGAACGCCAGUCAACCACAUUUUCUGCAGUUCAACGACCUGGCCUGUGAGGCCAUCGGAGGAAAGGUAAUUUUUGCAACUGAUGAAUGGUUUGCCCCUGCUCAAAAUCUCUUAAAGAGAGGGCCUCCGGAGUUCCUAGCCUCAGCUUUCACAGAGUUUGGCAAAUGGAUGGACGGUUGGGAAACGAGGAGAAAGAGAAUUCCAGGUCACGAUUGGUGCGUUGUGCAGUUGGGAAUUCCUGGUGUCAUUCAUGGAUUUGAUGUGGACACAUCGUACUUCACAGGAAACUACCCACCUUCAAUUUCUAUUCAGGCCGCUUGCCUUGAUGAGCUAUCUUUGCCAUCUUUAGCUCUUGAGGGAGACCGUACAGGAAUGGCUGCUUCAGAGAGCCAGUUUGAAGCUGUAUCACAGCUUCACUCAGAGAAUUGGGAGGAGCUCAUAUCAGUGACAGAGCUGAAGCCUGGAUAUGCUGAUUCAUGCCACAACUACUUCAGUGUGACCUUCCCUCACAGAGUCACCCACAUUCGCCUGAACAUGUAUCCUGAUGGAGGUAUUGCAAGACUGCGAGUGUAUGGGGUUGGUCAGAGAGAAUGGUCCACUGCAUCCAGUCAGGAGGAGAUGGAUCUUGUUGCCAUGGUCAAUGGCGGGGUGUGUGUGGGCUAUAGCGAUGCACAUUUUGGUCACCCACGCAACAUGAUUGGUUUGGGGAGGGCUGACAACAUGGCUGAUGGGUGGGAAACAGCUCGGCGCUUGGAUCGUCCCAAAAUGUUAAAAGUGGACGAAAAGGGAAUUUUGCAGGUUCCUGGCUUUGAGUGGGCCAUCUUCAGACUUGGGCAUCUAGGUGUGAUCAGCAAUGCUGAGAUAGACACCAAUCAUUUUAAAGGUAAUUUCCCCGACUCGUGUAAAAUUGAGGCCUGCUGUUUGACCUCCGAGGAGGAAAAGACUUUCAUAAGCUGCAAGUGGAACAAUAGCAAAGGCCCCAGAUGGCGAAAUCUGCUUCCUCCUCAGAAACUGAAGCCUCACUACAGGCACUUCUAUUCCAGAGACUCUGUGCUGCAGUGUGGGCCUGUAACUCAUGUGCGGUUGCUCAUAGCCCCUGAUGGAGGGGUCAGUAGGCUUAGGCUGUGGGGUCAUCCAGUUUUCAACAAUUCUGCUAAUCUUGGUCAAGCCUCAAAACUGUAACCUGAUGAUGUGUGUUGAGGAAAGGAAAUUCUUAAUGUAAUAUAGCAUUGUGAUCACAGGAUACUUGAGUAGAAUUCUUUCUAUUUCAUGUUUCACGUUCUGCAUUUUCACAUGUGAAAAGAUUUAAAAUUCUGAUUACUGUCCUGUGUCUGAAGAGUUUAAUGCCUUUCAAAGCUAGUUCACAGAAAGUGAAACACUAAUUAGUUAGAAAUUCAUUGCCUGAUGCCUGAAACAUUGGUUUUCCAUAGUUCUGAGAGAAAGUUUUACCUAAAAUAUAUUUUUAUAAUGCAUUCAUGUUGGAGAGGUACAUGCAUGGUAUUGUGAGGCAACAUAGCAUUUAAAAACUCAAACUCUCUGGUUUCCAUCACAUGAGUAAUUGGCAAUAGUGUUCAUGCCAGCUAUUACUUAGUCUCUUCUAACUGGUAACUAGCUUAACCUGUUAAAUUGUAACCCUUGACUUCCAGCUGAGUGGUUCAGUGCUGUUUGUCUUUCCUUCAAAUUAUCACAUAAAUCAACAGAAGACUGUUGUAGUGCACUUACUUGGGAAAAGUUUUGUGAGUAAUCUGCAACAGGCUGUAAGAGCUUUUGAUGGUUUUCUUUCAGCAGUUACUCACAGAGUGUAUGCUAUACUUUUAAACUUAUAUAAGAUAACUAUGUUUAUCUGUUAUAAAUAACAUAACUGUAGGAAUUAGGUGUCAAAAACAAAGAGUUCCACUGUUACAAUCUCUCUGAUUUAAGUAGGUGCAUAAAAUAAUUUAUUAACGUGCAUUUUGUAAAUUGAAUUUUAGACUAGACAAGUGAAGCUUCUGACCAUUUCAGUUAGAAUAUUUUACCUUCAUUAAUAUGAGUGCCAUGCAAGCUAUAAUCCAGAAGGAGAAUUUUACUUUCUUAUCUCAAAAUCUGAUUUUGGUACAUAAUCACUGACUGUCUUUAAACCACUGUCGGCUCAAGAGGGUAGUGGGUGUGCACAGCAGUGUUAUCACCGCUGUAGUUUAUUAUUUAUUGGUAAAAUUGUGGGCAUUUUAACUUACCCAUCAAUGUGCUGUAACCUUUUACUCUUUAACAGCCUCAAAAACACCAUUAAAGUUUCUUUUUAAGGGUU